CUCACAUUGCUAUGUUUUUUUAUUAAUCAUAAAUCACAAAAAAAAAAAAAGUCAAAUUGAAAUUAGCAAUAGUGUCGAAAUCAAAUUGUAUCAUCAAAUAAGAAACGGAUGAAGUAACAGCUAUAGAUGAGAAAUAGUAGCACUUAGAAUUAAUCAACUCUACGAAGUACGAAUAUAUUUCUAGUUUGUGUUGAGUGGCCUACUACGUGUUUUGACGAAUUUGAUGAGAAGCUUGAUUUCCGCAUGGACACUCCAAGAUUUGCAAUUGACAAUAGUGUUGAGGUUGAUAGCGUUACAAAAUAUGGGAUUAUCUUAGAAGCAGACCAAAAGGUGAUCACGGAUCAUAAUCUUUUCAUUAAGAAACCUUCCAUUUCAUCCGAUGCCUUGGAUGUGUUUUAUGUGACUGACCUUAACAGAAACAAAUUGGAAGAUGAAAACGUUAUUAGUCAUAUGGAGCAGUCACUUGGAACCAUCCAUUUCACAAGAUCCUACGAGUACAAAGGCGUUACAGCUUUGGAAUUAACAGGCACGUAUAGAAUAAACCUGUUAUCAAAUGUAUUGGCCGUAUUAGCCGACUUGAAUUGCAGUGUAGUAGAUGCCAAUGUAUGGACUCAUAAUGGAAGAAUUGCAUCCCAUUUAUAUGUCAAAGACAGUGGUUUUGGGUGCCUAACCAAUGACUUAUACAGAAUUAGCAGAAUCGAAUCGAGAGUAAUGUCAGUUCUGAACGAGGACAACGAUAAUAUUGGGACUGCAAAUAAUACGAGUACUGUCUCGAUGGAAAUUACUUAUAGUGAACGAAGGCUUCAUCAGAUGAUGUUUGAUGACCGCGAUUAUGAGAGAACUAUAACUCCAUCGAUCACCUCCUUCAAAUACGAACCAGUAUAUAAAUAAUACUACUAUGUAGAUCUUGUGGAUUUGGGCCUUAGGCAUCGGGCCUUGUGUUGUUUGGGCUCAUUAUUUCCAAAAAUAUGUUCAUUUAAUGUUAGCGUGCGUCAAAUGGACAAAAGGCACCUAGUCUCCUAUUAUACCAUCUGAGUAGAUAAUCGAAUAUUCGAUGGGAGGUGAAAUGUCCAAAUCUUACACAAAAGCAUUAAUCAUAUUUCUUGCUCUCUUCACCUAACCUGGUCUAAUUU